CUCCGAAUUCCCAUCAGCUGCAAGCCUUCCCUGGUGUCACUUUUGACAGAAACCAUCAUGACUAAAGAGACCGCCAGUCCGAUGCUGGCGCUAGCCCGUCAACUCGAGGCUGCGACCAACACCCCCGGCCAGCUUCCCCCCGCCAGCGAUGCGCUACACUCGCGACUACUUGCCGCGACGCGUAAUCUCCUGACCAGCCUGGAAACCCCCGAGAGCCAAUUGAUGCAUCUGGCCAAGGCAGUACGUUUUUCGAUUCUCCUCUGCUCGAUUUCCGGGCGCUAGGUCUAAACUCGCCAGCCUGUGGCGCAUGGGGUGUUACGCGCCGCCCUGCGCAUCCGACUGUUCGAGCGCUUCGACGAGGGCCCUCCCAGCACCCCGGAUCUGGCGCAACGCUGCGGCAUUGAUGUCGCGCUUCUUAGUAGGUGAUGGCGUGCGCAUGAUAACUCCAAAGAUCUUGGUCGGACUAAUCAUCGGGGCGCGACAGUGCGUCUCAUGCGAACCCUGGCCGCCAUCGGCAUCUUCACCGAACCCAGCCCGGGGGUCUACGCCCAUACCUUACAAUCGCAAACGCUGCGCCAGCCCCAACACCGGGCCGUGAUCCAGGGCAUGGCCGAGACCGCGACGUUGAUGACGGCGCUCCCCGACUUCCUCGAGACCCACAAAUGGCAGAACCCCGUCGAUGCGCAGCCCACCCUGUUCGGAUUCGCCCACCAAACCGACCAGACCAUGUUCGAGUGGCUGGAGUCGCAGCCCGAGCAGCGCGCCAUCUUCGCCGCCUUCCAAUCCAGCACCGCCGCCCUCGCCGUGUGCCAGCUGCAGCCCUUCCUCCGCAGCCUGCUCAGUGCGCCCCCGGAGGAUCCUUCGAAUGAUGAAACCAGAGAAGUCACGCUCGUCGACGUCGGAGGCGGCCGAGGCGCCGUGCUCCGCCAAGUCAGCGACGAGCUGGAUCCGCCGCCGCGCGGUCGCAUCGUGCUGCAGGACCUGCCCCAGGUCUUGGAGGGGGUGGACGGCGGCGACCGCGUCGAGGUGAUGCCCUACAACUUCCUCCAGCCCCAGCCCGUUCACGGAGCCCGAACUUACCUCUUCCGUCACAUCUUCCACAAUUGGAGCGAUGGGGUGGUCGCGACCAUUCUGCAGAACACCGUGGCAGCGAUGGCUCCGUCCUCGCGGCUGGUCAUUGUCGACCUGGUGCUCCCGGACGGAGGAGGCGCGUCCCCCUACGCGGCGUUUUUGGAUGUGAGCAUGAUGGCAUUUGGAGGCAUGGAGCGCACCGAGGCGCAGUGGCGGGGGAUAUUAGGGCGAGCCGGGCUGCAGGUGCGCCGCAUUGAGCCGUUGGAUGCGCUGACCCCGGGGUCGGACCAGGUCAUUGAGGCGGUGCUGGCUUGA